AUGGACAAAGGGCAGGUAUACACGAUACAUGGUGUAUGCAGAGCAGGAUUCGAGGCAAGAGGCACAUCGCCUUUGCUUCCAUUCGUAAUUUUCUAUAUUGCAGAUACCUCUUCUUUUUGCCAUUAUAAGAGCAAGCGCAAGGAUGAUUAUUUCAUAUUUGAUAUUGAAGGCGGCGAUACAAGAAGCCAACGAAAAUCAGGAGAACCUGGAGUUGAGAAUGAUCCGCGACUUCGACUGGCCGCGAUCAGCGCAGCGACAAGAAGCGAAAUGCGCUUUGAAUUUUUCAGUUUUUCAAUGGCAAUGAAAGGUAUGGAUCUGUGGUGGGGACUUCCUUUCUGCCGACUGGGUAUUUCCGACGUGACGGCAUUGCAGAACCCACCCGUGGAACGUGGACAUGCGGCGUAUGAACGGUGCAAGAAAUUCCUAAAUUAUUUGCGGAAUAAGGUUGGAUGGACCUUUCAAAAAUAUGGGUGCAAGUACAUGGUUAGCGUGUAAUG